CCCCGCCCGACCCCUACGAUGAAGAGGGCGUCCGCCAGAGGAAGCCAGCUGCUGGCCUGGGUGCUGUGGCUGCAGGCGUGGAGGGUGGCGGCGCCCUGCCCAGGCGCCUGCGUGUGCUACAACGAACCCAAGGUGACCACCAGCUGCCCGCAGCAGGGUCUGCAGGCCGUGCCCGCCGACAUCCCGGCCGCCAGCCAGCGAGUCUUCCUGCACGGCAACCGCAUCGCGUACGUGCCCGCUGCCGGCUUCCGCGCCUGCCGCAACCUCACCAUCCUGUGGCUGCACUCGAACGCGCUGGCCCACAUCGACGCGGCCGCCUUCUCCGGCCUGGCGCUCCUGGAGCAGCUGGACCUCAGCGACAACGCGCAGCUGCGGUCCGUGGACCCCGCCACGUUCCGGGGCCUGGGCCGCCUGCACACGCUGCACCUGGACCGCUGCGGCCUACGGGAACUGGGCCCCGGCCUGUUCCGCGGCCUGGCCGCCCUGCAGUACCUCUACCUGCAGGACAACGGGCUGCAGGCGCUUCCCGACGACGCCUUCAGCGACCUGGGCAACCUCACGCACCUCUUCCUGCACGGCAACCGCAUCCCCAGUGUACCCGAGCGCGCCUUCCGCGGCCUGCACAGCCUCGACCGCCUCCUGCUGCACCAGAACCGCGUGGCGCGUGUGCACCCGCACGCUUUCCGGGACCUCGGCCGCCUCAUGACGCUCUACCUGUUUGCCAACAACCUCUCCGCGCUGCCCGCGGAGGCCCUGGCGCCCCUGCGUUCCCUGCAGUACCUGCGGCUCAACGACAACCCCUGGGUGUGCGACUGCCGUGCGCGCCCGCUCUGGGCCUGGCUGCAGCAGUUCCGCGGCUCCUCGUCAGAGCUGCUUUGCAGCCUGCCCGCGCGCCUGGCCGGCCGUGACCUCAAGCGCUUGGCCGCCACUGACCUGGAGGGCUGCGCCGUGGCCACGCGGCCGGCCCCUCCCGUCUGGACCGGCGGGCCUGCCGACGAGGAGCCUCUAGGGCUGCCCAAGUGCUGCCAGCCGGACGCCGCAGACAAGGCCUCGGUGCUGGAGGCCGGGAGGCCCGCCUCGGCCGGCAACGCUCUCAAGGGACGAGUGCCGCCCGGCGACGGCGCUCCGGGAAACCGCUCUGGCCCGCGGCACAUCAACGACUCGCCCUUCGGGACCCUGCCGGGCUCAGCCGAGCCCCCCCUGACCGCGGUGCAGCCUGAGGGCUCCCAGCCCCCUGAGUCCCCCACCACAGGCCCGCGUCGGCGGCCAGGCUGUUCCCGCAAGAACCGCACGCGCAGCCAUUGCCGUCUGGGCCAGGCGGGCGGUGGGGGCAGUGGGGGCGGCGGGGCCGGCGGGGUGGAGGGCUCGGGCGCCCCACCCGGCCUCGCCAGCGGCCUCGUCCCCCUGGCUCUGGCGCUGGUGCUGUGGACGGUGCUCGGGCGCUGUUGA